AUGACCAAUAUCUCCCAUAAUCAUCCUUUGAUCUACACCUUUGGCAUUUUGGGUAACCUAGUCUCCUUCAUGGUGUUUAUUGCCCCUGUACCAACAUUUUAUAGGAUCUUUAAGAAGAAAUCAUCAGAAGGGUUCCAUUCAUUACCAUAUGUUGUUGCUUUAUUUAGUGCAAUGCUUUGGAUUUACUAUGCAAUGGUUAAAACCAAUGUUACCCUUCUCAUCACCAUCAACUCUUUUGGAUGCAUUGCUGAGACUAUUUACGUUGCUAUUUAUUUUACUUAUGCCACAAGAAAAGCAAGGAUGAAAACUCUAGGACUUGUCCUACUGUUGAAUUUUGGUGCAUUUGGAUUUAUUGUUUUCCUCACUCAAAUUUUAUGCAAAGGACCAAAACGAGCUGAAGUUAUUGGAUGGAUUUGCAUGGCCUUUUCUAUCAGUGUAUUUGUUGCACCUCUAAGCAUUAUGGGACGUGUAAUAAGGACCAAAAGUGUGGAAUUCAUGCCAUUUAACUUGACAUUAGCACUUGUACUUAAUGCUGUAAUGUGGUUUUUGUAUGGUUUACUUUUGAAGGACGUCUAUAUCACGAUAGAAAACUUUCAAGAGAAAAAACCCGUAGUCGAUGAAUCGGAGCCGAAAACCGAAAAAAAAAUUCUUACCGAUAUUUCAGAAUAUGACGAAAGUAGUGCACAUAAAAGUGAGGAUGCUGAGGAUCGUGAAGGUAAAAGCGAGGGAAAAAGCAAAGAAUAA